AUGGGGCGCGGGGGCGACCGCCCGCCGCCAGCUGCCAUGGCCGAGCUCGCCGUGGAGGACGAGCUGCCGGUACCCGAAUCAGGUGCUAUUUUCACAUUUGGAAAAAGCAAAUUUGCAGAAGAUGUUCCUAGCAAGUUCUGGUUCAAAAAUGACAAGCCUGUACUUAUAUCAUGUGGAGAUGAACAUACUGCUAUUGUCACAGGCAAUGGUAAGCUCUACAUGUUCGGCAGCAACAACUGGGGCCAGUUAGGACUAGGAUCAAAGACCACUGUCAGCAAACCAACAUGCGUUAAAGCUUUAAAACCAGAAAAAACAAAACUUGCUGUUUGUGGAAGGAACCACACUUUAGUUUACACAGAAAAAGGAAACGUGUAUGCUGCUGGCGGUAACAGCGAAGGUCAGCUGGGCUUAGGUGACACAGAGGAAAGGACCACCUUUCAUUUAAUUACUUUUUUUACCAACCAGCACAAGAUCAAACAGCUAGCAGCUGGAUCGUACACCUCAGCAGCAGUAACUGAGGAUGGGCAGCUUUUUGUAUGGGGUGACAAUUCAGAAGGUCAGCUUGGCUUGGCUGAUGAAGCCUGCGUCCAUGUCCCUUGUCAAGUGGAUGUUGGAAAACCUGUUUCCUCUGUAUCCUGUGGAUAUUACCACUCUGCCUUGAUAACAGGAGAUGGUGAGCUCUAUACUUUUGGAGAACCUGAGAAUGGGAAAUUGGGAUUAUUGCCUGAACAACUGAAGAACAAUAGGGUUCCACAACCUGUACUGGGAAUUAUGGAAAAGGUCAAUAAGGUUGCUUGUGGUGGAGAACACACAGUGGUGCUGACAGAGACAGAUGUCUAUACUUUUGGACUUGGACAACAUGGGCAGCUGGGACAUGGCACUUUUAUUUUUGAAACUCCAGUACCAAAGUCUGUGAAACACUUGAGGAGGCAUAAAAUAUGUAACAUCACAUGUGGAGAAAGUCAUACUGCUGUGAUAGCAGAGAACGGCCUCAUGUUUACCUUUGGAGAUGGGCGACAUGGCAAGUUAGGCCUUGGAGAAGAGAAUUUUACAAAUCAGUUUGAUCCCACUCUGUGUUAUAAUUUCUUGAGGUUCACAGUCCUUUUGGUUGCUUGUGGUGGUUGUCACAUGCUAGUUUUUGCUGCUCCAAGACCUAAAGGAUCUGAAGAAGUACUCUUAGAAGAUUUAUAUGAGAGACAUUUGAGUGCUACUAUCUCUAAAACAAGCGGAGAGUCUCUACUAACAAACACCUUACAGCUUACAUCAGCACGAAUGCGACGUCGAGAGAGGGAAAAGUCACCAGAACAGUUUACUCGAAUGGCACAAACACUGCCUCCACUAGGAGAAAGGUUCUUGAAGUCUUCACUGCCUGUGACUAGCAACACCAUCCCAUUCCUGUUUUCUGCAACAAGCCUUCCUAAAGCUGAACCCAUGAAGGACAGAGACCAUGAAAAAGAAAAGAAUCAUCAUAAUGAUAAACGUAGCAGAGACUCUGGAGAAGAAGAUUCAGAUAAUGAAAAUGACAGACACCUUGGAAAUACAACUGACAUCCUAAAUAUGACCCAUGCAAUGAAAUUGAAUCCCAGUGACCAGUCCUUGACAUUAUCACCACUCCAAAAACAAAAGGUACUGUUUUCAAGCUUCUGCAUCAGAAGCUUUUCCAAGGAAGGGUGGAGGAAGAAGAACACUAAAAAUGUGAAACUGAAAAGAGAUGGUAAGGGUGGGCUGAAAACCAAGGAUUCUGGUUUCUCGAAGGAGGGCUCAAAAUUAGACUUUCUCUCUUUACAAAAGCAGCCUUCAUUUUCAGAGUCACUGGGACAAGAUUUAGAAAACAGUAGUGCCUUUGUAGGGAAGCCUGAGGCCAAAAAAAACACAAUGAAAGGGACAUCUGAGCACGCACCAAGUGUUAGUACUUUGAAAAACGGAGUUCAACAAAUUACUAGGGACAAACGCAGAUUAGUGAAAAGGGAAAAAGAACAUGCAGAAAAUCCUGAGUUUGUCAGAGAGGAUGCAACUUAUAAUCCCCCCACCCAAAACCAAAUUUUGACUGAAAAACCAAGUUCUUCCAGUAAAAAGUCAAAAGCAGUUAAAACUAACCAAUCACUUCAAAUAAAUGUACUCCCUUCUGAAUCCAGGGCUCAGCCCCAGACUGAUUCAUUAGUUGCACAAAAACACAAUCCUGUUAGAAAGCAAGAACAGCAAGAAGCAGUAGAAAGUCCAAAAGAAAAAAAGGAUGGUGUUGAAAAGUCUGAUAAAUGUGUCAGAGGAGAAGAAAGUGAAGAGAAAAAAGGAUUAAAAAAGAAGGAUCAAGUUUUGAUGCAAGUAGCUGUGACUAUGUCAUCAUCUUCAACUGAGGAAAGUAGCAAUGAUCUUACAAAAUACAUACUUAAGAGCAGGGUAGAAGAAGAGGACUACUAUGAAGGCAGACAGAUCCACAAGGCAAAGAAAACAGUAGAAAAAGCAAAAGGUGUGGAAUUAGAAAAAGAAGACAGUGAGAUUGAGGAGAUUCCAGCUACAAACAAUGAGAAAGUAUAUGUAGAAAAGUCUGAUGUAAAGAGCUUGAAUGAGGAAGAAACAAACUCUGAAGCUAAAUCUGGUAAUGAUGGGCACUUAGAAAUGAAGAAUGAGGAGGAAUCUAAUCAAGAGCAGGAGAGUGGAAGCAGUGAAAAGAGUCAAAAAGCAAAACCAGAUGAAACAGUUGACAGUGAAUGUGAACUAGGGGAGGAAGAAGAAGAGAGUGAGGUUAAAAAUGGUAGAGAUGAAGUUUCAGUAGAAAAAGAUGAAGAGGAAAAAGAUGAGGAAGAUAAUGAAAGAGAGGAAUCACAGGCUGAAAGAGACAGUGAGAAUGAGGGUGCAGAAGAGACCGAGAAGAUUAAUCAGGAAGACAGUAAAGAGCAAGGAGAUGAGGAAGACAGGUUGACAGAGGAAGAGGAGGAGAAUAUGGAAGAAGAGGAGGAGUGUGCAAAAGAGGAAUACACUGAAAAAGAAAAGGAGGAACAAGUUAAAAGUGAAGGAGGAGAUGAGAGUGAGGAAGGUGAAGACAGAGUGGGAGAGGAAGAAAAAGAGGGGGAGGAAGAAAAAGAGGAGGAAGAAGGAAAAGAGGGGGAGGCAGAAGAGGAAGGAGAAGAUGAAAAGGAAAAUGAAGAAAGCAAAGUAAGGGGUACUAUAAAAGAUAAAGAGGGUGAAGAGGGUGAGUUAGAGGCAGGGAAGGAAGAAGAAGAGGUAUCUGAAGAAGAACAGGAAGAACAAGAUGCAAAUAGGAAGACUAAGGAAGUGGGGAAGAAUGGAGUGGAAGAAGAAGGAAAAGAGGGGGAGGCUGAAAUGGAAGAGGAAAGAGAAGAUGAGGAUGAGGAAGAGGAAGGAUCAGAGGCAGAAGCAGAAGAGGAAGAGGGGGCAAAAGAUGAAAAAAAGGAAGAGGAGGACUGGGGAAAUGAAGAGGAAGGGGAACAAGAUGAAGAAGAGGGAGAAGGGGUAGAAGAUGAGGGAGUAGAGAAGGAAGAAGAGGGUGUUGAAAAGGAGGAAGAGGGAGAAGGAGAAGAGGAAGAGGGAGGAGGAGAAGAGGAAGAGGGAGGAGGAGAAGAGGAAGAGGGAGGAGGAGAAGAAGAAGAGGGAGGAGAAGAAGAGGAAGAGGGAGGAGAAGAAGAAGAAGAGGGAGGAGAAGAGGAGGAAAAUGAAGGAGAAGAAGAGGAAGAAGAAGGGGAAGAGAAGAAGAGGGAGAGGAGAGAGGAGGAAGAAGGAGGGGAAGAGGAAGAGGAGGAAGAAAAUGAGAGGGAGGAGGAAGAGGAUGAGAGAGAGGAGGAAGAAGAAGAGGAAGAGGAUGAGACAGAGGAGGAAGAAGAAGAGGAAGAGGAGGAAGAGGAAAAAAAAAAAGAUAAAAGAAAAAGGUAUAAUAAUAAGCUUCAACAAAAGAAAAGCAAAACCAGGAAGCCAGGGAAGACAGAAAGUCCUGCUUUACCAAACAGCUCUAAACAAAAAAUGAAGUCCAAAGAACAUGUAGCAAAUGGUUUACAUAAUUCAGAACAAUUUUGGAACAAUGUGCUACCUCAUUAUUUAACACUAAAGUAG